UUCACCAUUUUUUUUGCAUACAACCUAUGGAGUCUCCAAUACUUUUCUUCCUUAUGAUGUUCUUAUUCACCAUCACCAACAAUGCAAUUGUGAUCGAAGCACAAGUUGAUAAAUUUGGUUUAGAACAACUGGUGAGUGAAGAUUUUGAGUUGCCAAUGGCAAUGUCGUCUUUAUACGAAGAAACAGAGGAUGAUAAGAUGCAGUUAGAUGGAAAUGGAAGAUCUCUAUUGUGGCACAAAUUCAAGUACUACAUUUCAUAUGGAGCAUUGUCAGCUAACAGAAUCCCCUGCCCACCACGAUCUGGCAGAUCGUAUUACACGCACCAUUGUUAUCAUGCUACAGGUCCAGCUCACCCUUACACUAGAGGUUGCUCUGCUAUCACUCGUUGCCGUAGAUGAACAAUUCAAUUCAAUUACCAUAUUUAUUGUUGUUUAUGAUCUAUGCAUUAAUUUUAGUACCUUUAUUUGUGUGAUAUGGCUUGGGAAUUGUGGUAGAUCUACUACCUAUCGACUGAUGUUUGGUGUUCUCAGAUAGAUGGAAUUUUUAGCCAAAAUUAGCUUCAAUGUAGUUGCAUUGUGUGUGUUUAAUUUUAUUCAUAUAUUUUUAAUUUUAUUUACCAACGAUUUUGCUUCUAUUAUAACAAUAAUAAUAAUAAAGUGAUUUUUUACUUGUGCAAAAAA